UCUCAGACACUGACAGUUACUCGAGUUUGAUUGUCACCAUGAACGGGUUGGUCUUCCUUAGUUUGUUAGCAGUGGCCAUGGGCCAGCUGUUUCCUUUCUUCCCAUGGGGAUCCCAAGGAGACCGUAUCCAUGGAUACCACUUCGUCUACCAUGACAACAACGAUCUUCUUGUGAUUCGGAACUCAGACUCAUGCUACCUAGUCGAGAUCUCUGCUGAUCUUCGUAAUGACAUGCACCACAAAGACACCAGAGAGAAAAUCGAGGAUCAGCUGUACAAACAAAUCAAGAAUAACGAGGGAAUCUCCCAAGGAAACCAUGACGAAAUCCGCGAUAAGUACCACGACAGACUGGACUCCUUCCUGUGUGUGCGUCACCAGACGUUCCACCUCGUAUACCAGGCGCCUGCAUAAAGGUAUCAGCCAUGAAAGGCGCUGAGUCUUGAUGUCAAAGGUUCCUUUAUCCACGCUGUGAACCAGAGAAUAAAAUGUCAUCUACGUCA